CGGCCGGGAUGGGCGGGCGGCUGCCGCCCCGAGCCUCCAUCUUCGCUCCGCCCGCGGCACCGCGCCCUUUCCGCGCCGCGGGGCUGAGCGGGUGAGUCCGCGCCCCCGUCGCCGCCCCGCCGCGCCGUUGCACCGCAGACCUCCCCGCCGCAGCGGACCCAGCCGGGCUCCGUGUCGCCGCCCCCGCGUUGCCAGGAGGAGGAAGCUCUUGGUGUUAAGUGCUAAAUUUUCCCAAGGAUGGAAGCGGAGAGAUUCUGUGCCUGCUCGUACCUUAUAAAUUUGCCAAGUCGGUUUUAGAGCGUUGUGGAAGUUACUGCUUUAACUGAUGCGAACAUCAACAAGAGGACCGUGAUCCUGCUCAGCUAUCCCAGCGGCUGGUAGCAGAGAAGAGCACGUGAGGAGCCUGCGCUGGAGUGGGUGAAGCAUGCCAGAUGCUGCAGGAUGUACGAAAACGGAAGCAGGAAAACAGGAUUCAUGGUUUUUACCCCAAACAAAUCAAUAAAGUUGGUGACUCCGUUUUCUGACCGUCAUAGAUGGUAACUGCAAUGCUGAAGACACUGGGCGAGUUGCUCCUCCUCAGCUCUUCUGUGUGAGGGCCAAAGAAGACAAGAGACUGAAUUAUCUGAAUUAUGCUUCUACAACAGAACUGGGUUUCUCCUCAUUGGGCAUGGCAGAGCCUGGGGAAGUCCUUCUUUUUGUUUAUUUUCUUAAUGUUGCAAACAGCUGAUCUGGAAGCCAGGAGAGGUCAUCAGUUUGUCUGGAAAACAGGUCACUGGGGCCGGUGCGUAGGUGACUGCGGCGCGGGGGGCGUUCGGAGUCGGGCCGUCUGGUGCACCCACGCGGAGGGCUGGACAACGUACCACGCGAACUGCGACCAGAAGGACAAACCCGAAAGCCAGAGGAGGUGCUUUAAAGUCUGUGACUGGCACCUGGAGCUGUUCGAGUGGGAGGUUUCGGGAUGGGAGAGGUGUGGGCUCGUCCCCUUCGCCGGCGGUGAGGUGGGAGCCGGGGCCUGCGUCACCGCGCAGCACGGGCUGCAGCGCCGGGGCGUCCGCUGCCUCCAGAAGCUGAACAGGACCGUUGUCGCCGACGAAAUCUGUGAGUAUUUCGCCCCGCAGCCGCCCGCCGAGCAAGCCUGCCUGGUGCCCUGCCCGCGGGACUGCGUCGUGUCCCAGUUCUCCAGCUGGUCCGAGUGCGGCACGGGCUGCGCCAAAAGCUUGCAGCACCGGACGCGGGCGGUCAUCUCGCCCCCUCUCUACGGGGGUGCCCCGUGCCCGAAUCUGACCGAAUCCAGAGCCUGCGGCGCUCCCGCCUGUCCCCUCGGGGAGGAGGAGCACACCUACAGCCUCCGAGUGGGGUCUUGGGGCGAAUGCCGCCUGCCCCAUCCGAAAGACAUCGACCUGGCAGGGAGGACUAUGCCGGAUUUGGGGUCGGACUCUGGAGAGCGAAGCACGUCCGGACUUCAAGGCUAUAAACCCCACCACCGUCCCGGGGAGGUGGAGAUCGGUUACCAAACCAGGCAGGUCAGGUGUGUAAGGAGCGAUGGAAAAAACGCAGUGCUGAGCCUCUGCGUGCAAGAUCCCGUCCCUUUGACCUUCAAGUCCUGUGUCCUCCCCAAAGACUGCGAAACGUCCGAGUGGUCUGCAUGGAGCUCCUGCUCGCGGACCUGCGGCUGGGGAGACCUCGCCCCGGGCGUUCGGAGCCGGCGCCGCGGCGUGCGGAGCGUGGCGGUGGGCGCCGGGAAGCGAUGCCCGGAGCUGGAAGAGAGGGAAGCGUGCAGCGCGGGAGGGAGAGAGCUGCUGCAGCCUUGCCCCAGGUUUGCCUGGAGGACUUCUGAAUGGAAAGCUUGCCAAGUGUCUCUCCUCCUUGACCAGGAGGACCCUCGCCACCACAAGCACGUAGGCCUGUGUGGAGGUGGCAUACAAACCCGGGAGGUCUACUGUGUCCAAAUCACCGUGGAACUUGGGUUGCACCGACUGAAGGAAAUUACCAGGCCAGUUGACGGGAAGCUGUGCCUGGAUCCCCCUCCCUCUGGCUCCCAGCUGUGUAACGUGCCGUGCCCGGCCGAGUGCGUGGUGUCUGCCUGGUCGGCGUGGGGCCCCUGCCUUCACGAGAACUGCCACGACCGCCACGGAGGAAGAGGUUUCAGAAUGAGAGAAAGGCAAGUGAUCGUAGACCCCGUAGGCACCCUGGCAAGUUGUCCACAUUUAAUUGAAUCUAUUCCUUGUGAAGACCCAGUGUGUUACGAGUGGAUAGUUUCAGAAGGAAUAUGUGUGACUGACCAUGGAAAAUGUGGACCUGGAAACCGCAUCCUGAAAGCUGUAUGCAAGAACAAGAAAGGUGAAGAAGUAUCACAUCACCUCUGCUCAGAGCUUCCCCGUCCUGAAGUUGUAGCUUGUGAAAUCCCUUGUGCAACGGACUGUGUCAUCAGUGAGUGGUCCCAGUGGUCGCCGUGUUCCCACUCAUGCUCCAGUAAAAAUGCUGAGGGCAGUCAAAGCAGGAGUAGGUCCAUCUUGGCCCUUCCAGCUGAGGGUGGAAAAGCCUGUCCCCCAGACCGAGCCCUGCGGGAGCACCGUCCCUGUAAUGAUCACCCGUGUGUGCAUUUCUUCUGGGAAACUUCUCCCUGGAGCUCUUGCUCUGAAGACCCGCUGGAAACUGCGCUCAAUGCAACCAUUAAUUGGAGUGGAGAAGCCACUUGUGGAGUGGGCAUCCAGACAAGGAAAGUCUUCUGCAUGAAAAGCAGUUCUGGCCAGGUCACACCUAAAAGAUGUCCAGAGUCCAUCAGACCUGAGACGGUGCGCCCAUGCCUCCUCCUCUGCAAGAAAGACUGUGUUGUUACACCUUUCAGUGAGUGGACUCGCUGCCCAACAGCAUGUCAGCCUGGCAAUGCCACGGCAGUUAAGCAGUCCCGGUACAGGAUUAUCAUUCAGGAUGCUGCCAAUGGGGGACAGGCAUGCCCGGACACCUUGUAUGAGGAAAGAGAAUGUGAAGAUAUUCCCAUUUGUCCAGUGUACAGGUGGAAGACCCACCGCUGGAGUCAUUGUGUGCUGGUGCCAGAUUCAGUGAGACAGGGUGUGCCAGGACAUAAUGAGGCAUGUGGACACGGUUUGCAGUCAAGGGCUGUUACAUGCUUGUCGGAGUACGAUGACUCUGCCGAUGUUGGUGACUGCAUGCGGUGGGCAGGAGCUAUGCCGACUCUUGUACAGGAGUGUCUCGUUCCCUGCAAAGAUGACUGCACAUUUACCCCCUGGUCUAAAUUUACAGCAUGUUCGUUUGACUGUGAAUCAACCAGAAGUAGGAGACGAUCACUCACAGGGCGAAGCAGAAAGCGAGACAAAUGCCAGAAUACAGAAGUUUAUCCUCAAGUUGAAACAGAGCCGUGCCCCUGUGAGGUGUUUACCUCCCAGCCCCAUGGAAAUUGGUCGGACUGCAUUAUCGGAGGAGGUACAUCUAAGCUGCAGUUGGGAAUGAGAUCCCAAGGAGAUGCCAAGGAUUGUGGUGAGGGUGUCCGACUGCGAGCUAUUGCCUGUUACGAUAAGACCGGCAGACUCGUGGAACCAUCUCGCUGUAGCAGUUCGGGUUACAUUGAAGAAUCUUGCACGGUCCCUUGCCCGUUUGAUUGCAAAUUAAGCGAUUGGUCCAGUUGGUCCCCUUGCAGCUCUUCUUGUGGACCCGGGGUGAAAGUCCGAUCCAAGUGGCUUAAGGAGAAGCCUUACAAUGGAGGUCGUCCCUGCCCAAAGCUGGAUCUCAAGAAUCAGGCUCAGGUGUACGAGGCGGUCCCAUGCUACAGCGAGUGCAAUCAGUAUUCUUGGGUAGUAGAACCGUGGUCUCCGUGCAAAAUCAACAGUGAACAAAAUUCCCUCCACUGUGGAGAAGGAAUACAAACGAGGAAAGUCAGGUGUGUGAGUACUGCUGAGGACCACGGAGGGGAGACUGUGCCCAACGCACUGUGUAAUCAGGCUGAAAUCCCAGAUAUGAUGCAGAAGUGUAGCUUGUACUGUCCCAGUGAGUGUGCAGUGUCUGACUGGGGGCAGUGGAGCAAGUGUCCACAGGUGUGCGAUCCGAAUAUUAUGCAAACCCGAACUCGACAAGUGCUGAGGUCUGCUGUCAGUACAAAGCCCUGCCCUGAAGAUUCACAGAUGAAGCCAUGUAUUCUUAACCAAAAUUGCUUCCAAUAUCAGUACAAUCUAACAGGCUGGAGCGGGUGCCAGCUGGGUGCCAAUGCCACCUGCGGGCGCGGGGAGCGGCGCCGCCUCCUCAGCUGCCGGCGCAGCGACGGGGCCACCGUCAGCACGCAGCUCUGCCAGCGGCUUCGCCUGGAGAAGCCCGUGCCGACGAGGAGCCGGUGCGUGGUGGGGUGCGCGGUGGACUGCCGGCUCUCGGCGUGGUCGGCCUGGUCGCAGUGCUCCCACACAUGUGGCACCGGCGGCCAGAUGGUGCGUGGGCGCUCGGUGGUCCUGCGGGCAGCGGGCGAGGGCCGGCCCUGCCCGCAGCAGCUCACCCAGCACAGGAGCUGCCCGGUGAAGCCCUGCUACAGCUGGCUGCUGGGCCCCUGGUCUCCCUGCAGGCUCCAGGGUGGACAGUGUGGAGAUGGAUUGCAAGUUCGCAACCUCACGUGUGUAGUGCACGAUGCAUCUGUGUCUGCUACAUCCAAACCAGUAGAAAAUGUGUUAUGUGGUGAGCUGCCACCAACAGAGAGUGUGCUGCAGUUACCGUGCUCUGUGCCUUGCCCAGGUGACUGCCACCUGACAGAGUGGUCAGAAUGGAGCUCCUGUGAGCUCACCUGCAUCAAUGGCAGGAGCUUCGAGACAAUGGGGCGCCAGUCUCGGUCCAGGGCGUUUAUUGUUGAGUCUCCUGAGAACCAGGAGAGCUGCUCUGGACAAGCGAUGGAAACACGGCCUUGCUCAGGAGGGAGGUGUUAUGACUACCUGUGGAAAACCAGCCUUUGGCGAGAGAACGUACGCACAGUGUGGUGUCAGCGCUCAGAUGGAAUAAAUGUCACAGGAGGGUGUGCUCUUCGGACAAAACCUGCAGAAGUUCGGCACUGCAGCCCGGCGUGCAGAAAGCCGUUCUCCUACUGCACACAGAGAGGAGUCUGCGGUUGUGUGCGAGGAUAUACAGAAAUAAUGAGAUCAAAUGGUUUCCUGGAUUACUGCAUGAAGGUACCAGGUUUAGAAGAUAAGAAAGCUGAUGUUAAGACCAUUGCUGGAAAAAAUAAACCUGUCAACUCAAAAAUGCAUGACAUUUUCAAAGGAUGGUCUAUUCAACCUUUUAAUCCAGAUGGUAAACUGAAGAUGUGGGUAUACGGAGUAUCAGCUGGUGGGUUCCUCAUCAUAGUUUUCCUGAUUUUUACAUCCUACCUGAUGUGCAAAAAAACAAAGCAGCAUCAAAGCACUCCUCCACAGCAGAAGCCUCUAACCUUAGCCUAUGACGGAGACAUUGAUAUGUAACAUAAAAAAGAAAUCCAAAUGUAGACAUCGACUGCCUUAACUGCUUUCUUUUUUGGAACUCUCUGACUUCUCAGUUUUUUGAGGAAUCUCCUGAUGUGUAAUAUGCCAGGCAGAACAGAAGUAUUGCAAGCUUAAAAUUUUGCCACUUCUUUAUUGAAAAAAAUGGAGUCAACGACUUGGAUCUUGUGAAACUUUUCUGAAGAGGCCAGAAAAUACAUCUCUUCCUGUUGAGCAAUGGGAAUUAAAAAAAAUAAGAGAAUCUACAGACAUCAAAAGGAAUUAGUAAAAAAACAGGCAUGACAAUCCUGAGGAAAAUGUGACAUUUACUGUAAAUGACAAGUUUGACACAGCAUCAUUAUGCACUAUAUUAGUGCAGCGUUCUUUAUUCUUCACAUAUUUCAACAAUGAGUUUUCUAGUGUUUACAUUUCGUUCAAAGACUUUAAAACCGGAUCAUGUAUUUUGAGAAACGCAAGGAAGAAUGAGUAGAAGUGUCUGAAGUUCAGGUUUUUUAAAGUUUCUUCCUUCUUAUCCUGUUUUCUAGUCUGGAAUAUGAUUUCGCUUCAUUUCCGCCUACAGGACAGAAUAAGGAUUGUUAUGAAAAAGCAUAGGUGGUUUCUUAACCAAGAAUAUUUUUUAAAGAGUUGAGUAGAUAGGUGUUUUGAUGAAUGGCUCGAGGAUUUGAUUGUCUAAAAAGUAUUUUAAAUUAAAUUAAACCAUGUAGAUACAUUAUGGCCAGUUUAAAUUGUUAUUCAGUUUAAUUAAUACAAACUCUGCUUUUGUAUUUAAAUUUUCUUAUCUGAAAUCUUUAUAAAUUCUUUUUUUGAAUUUAAUUACCUGACCUCAUUUAAUAUACAUCAAACACAAAUGCAGUUUGUAGAAGGUCUUGCUUUUUUAAAUGUUUUGAAACCACUGAGAAGUUACGUGUUGUAAACAUCUGGGAACAUUUGAAGAGGGUAAGUGUUUAUAAUAGUGUGUGUUGCAAGUAAGAAAGUGCCAUCUUGUGGUAUUGACUUGUAUUUAUAAGCAAAUAAAAUGCUAAAGAGAGUGAGAAAA